AUGAAGUUCUCCCUCCUCAGUACCAUUGCAUUCUUCGCGGCGGCGGCCACCGCCCAAACCAACAACACCGUCACAGGCAUCGACGGCGGCGCUCGAACUCUGAAGGAGGAGGCUACCGAAGUAGACGAUUCCAAGUUGAACCUCGAGUGUCACGAACAAAGCGGUAACUACAUCCCGUCCCUCAAAGCCGGACAGUACUCGACCAGUGCGUUCCACAACUGCUUCCGCACUAUCAAACAAAUCUACGAGUUCGCCGAUGCGUUGGUCGCCCAAAACCCAAAGUUGCUGAGCAAGUUUGUCAUCUCCAAGACGUACCGUGGGGCCACGAUUUACGGGUACAAGUUGACCAAGGGCCACUCUCAGUCGCUGUACUUUCAAGCGCUGCAACACGCCCGCGAAUGGAUCGCGGGGUCGUCGAUUGUGUUCUCGUUCGCGUCAAUUCUGGAUGACAUUGCCAACAACAAACCCACGGCCGCCGACGAGUACGACUUGUACUUUGUGCCGGUCGUCAACAUUGACGGCUACGCCCAAACAUGGAACGGCAACCGGUUCCAGCGCAAAAAUGCCAAUCAAGUCGACUUGAACCGCAACUGGCCGACUCCCUUUGAGAACCCCAAAACCCCUCCCAAAAAAGCCUCUAUUUACCCCGGACUUAAGCCGUUCAGUGAGCCUGAAACCGCGGGCAUCAAUUCAUGGCUCAAGACUAAACGCGUCCUCGGCCGUGGAUUGCAAAGCGCCAUGGGGGCGUACACCCCUAAACCGGCGCACGGAUUUUACUUGGCGUAUGGUGUAUUCCCAGAUUACGCGUUCCGUGAGUUCAAAAAACCCGCCCUGACGAUUGAAAUUGUCGGCAAAACUUUUUCCGUGAACGUGUCGACCAUCCCGACACACGGCCUCGAAGUGUACAAAGGCAUCAACCAAUUCGCCAAGGAAGUCACCGUGUUCAACGGCGGAGGCGUCACGUCCACCAAGCCGUCGUGUGGUGAUUAG